GUUUAAUCUUCGUAUUUCCUCUUUCGCGCUCCUAUCAUUUUUUUUGUUUGUUUUGUUAAAGACUCACUCUCCUAUCUUCCUUCAUGCCGGUGAGUUGAGUAUUUAAUAAUUUGUAAAAUCAAUUUAAAACGAAUCUUUAUAUAAUUGAUUACAAGCUUAGUUUUCCUUAGUGGGUCUUAACUCUUUUGCCUUUAUUUCCCCCUCAAGACAAAAAAAGAGAGCGACAAACACUUUCUGUCUUAGUUUUGUUUCCUCUGCUUCUCUCUCUCCCUCUCUUGAUUUUUCAAUCCCUUUUUCAUAUAUUGUAGUUUCUUUUCAACAUUCUCAAGCUAAAAAAUGCCAUUAGAGGCAGUUGUAUACCCGCAAGAUCCAUUCGGAUACCUCUCUAAUUGUAAAGAUUUCAUGUUCCACGACUUGUACUAUCAAGAAGAGGUAGCCGCUCAAGAUACGAAGAACAACAUUAAUAAGCUAGAACAAGAACAGAGCUUUGUAGAAAAUAAUAAGGAAGAAGAUCGUCAAUGGCGAGACUCAGACUAUCAUCAAUACCCUUUAAUCCCAUCGUUGGAAGAAGAUCUAGGUCUUCCCGCCAUUGAUAUGGGAGAUCAUCCUCCUCUGCAGCAGCGGAGAAAGAGGAGGAGAACGAGGAGCAACAAGAACAAGGAAGAGAUUGAGAACCAGAGAAUGACUCACAUCGCCGUCGAGAGAAAUCGCCGGAAACAGAUGAACGAGUACCUCGCUAUUAUCCGUUCUCUAAUGCCGUCGUCAUAUGCUCAAAGGGGAGAUCAAGCGUCGAUAGUAGGAGGAGCCAUCAACUACGUAAAGGAGUUAGAGCACAUCUUACAAUCUAUGGAGCCUAGGAGAAACACGACCACGACCCAUGAAGCCGAUGCAAGCACUAGCUCGUUGGUGGGUCCCUUCUCAGAUUUUUUCUCUUUCCCUCAAUAUUCGACGACGAAGUCACCAUCUUUAACCGAAAGCUCAUCUUCACCGGCGGAGAUAGAAGUUACGGUGGCGGAAGGCCACGCAAGCAUCAAGAUAAUGGCGAAGAAGAAGCCAAGGCAGCUUCUCAAGCUCGUAGCUUCUAUACAGAGCCUAAGGCUCACUCUUCUUCAUCUCAAUGUCACUACUCUCGACAACUCCAUUUUCUACUCCAUCAGCGUCAAGGUUGAAGAAGGGAGCCAACUGAAUACCGUGGACGACAUUGCAACAGCUUUGAAUCAAAUCAUAAGGAGGAUUCAAGAAGAGUCAUAAUUUAGCAUAUAGAUUGUACUAGUAAUUAAUUUUAUAUAUUUCCUUUUAUAAAUAUAUUUCUUUUGAAAUAAUUGAGAUACAAAAUUAUCUAAUAUACGUACUUUUCAUGUUUCUCUUCUUAUGUAAGUUUCAUUUUUGUCUCCUGUAAUGAAUCGGUUGUUUUUGGCUUCAAUUCUAUGUCAUAAAAAAAAUUACAAAGCAA